AUGAGUGCACCCCUGGAUUUUAGUGGGUAUUCUGACUCGAAUACACUAUACUUUUUUGUUUCAGUCCGUAUCUGUAUAGUGGAGGGAAAAGGUCCAUUCAAAAGAGCAGCGACGUUUUGUCCAAUAUUAGACGAGGGAAACUCUGGACUAGAAUGCGUGCUGGGAACAGAUCAACUCGACUGCCUGCGACGCAUCACCAAGAAGACAGUGGAUUUUGGAGUGUUCAGCCCUGAAGAUCUGAUCGCAGCUCAGUGGGCCAACAUCGACGUACUUGUCACACACGAGCUCAGAAACCGUCAUAGACCGUACGAACGUAGUGUAGUGGCGGUGGUCAAUAACCGUAUCCUGCCAGACAACGAGUCACCCUUAGAAGCAGUCCUCAGGAACACCACGCUGUGCCAUCCUGGAGUUGGCGUGAACACUCUCAGACCGCUGUCUGAUACUCUAUCUGGGUACCUGGAGUCACUCGUGAUACCACGUGCCUGUGACCCAGAAUUGACCCUGACUGAGAACAAGCUGAAGGCUGUUGCUCAGUUCUUCAACAAGGCCUGCAAAGCUGGACCCUGGGUUCCCGAUCGAGAUGGGGAUAUGGAACUCAAACGUAAAUACAAAUCUCUGUGCGCCGCUUGCGCUGGUGUGGAGUGUUCCGUUGACGAUAAGUACUGGGGGCCCGCGGGGGCCCUGCAGUGCUUGGCUGAGGGCGCUGGGGACGCCAUGUGGGGGGACUUGGAUGAUGUGCUGGCAUAUUUUGAGGUAAACUCAACAGUCUCGUCCCCCGUGUCUCCGGACCACUUUUCGUUCCUCUGCCGCGAUGGCUCCUGGAGGCCCCUCACGGGCCCCCCCUGCACCUGGCUGCAGAGGCCCUGGCCGGUCGUCGUCGCUAAGAGAAAAGCAGCCAAAGACGUCAGCGAUUUAAUAUCCUCUUUGAAAGAAGAAGACCUCUUCCGAACUAACUGGAGGGGGGCGCUGUCGGCGUUAUUGGAGCUACGGCAGGCGCCCACAGCCCUAAAUCCUAACAAGGUCGCCUUGGACUAUCUGGCGUCAGCAGAAGGGUUCAGGGAAGCUUACAGUCAAAGUGGAUGUGAUCCACCAAGACAUAUAACACUCUGUACAACAUCGCUGCUGGAACGCAACAAGUGUGAAUGGCUCAGCGAAGCGGCCGCCGUGUACGGUGUGAAACCCCCUUUACAGUGUGUAGUCAAGAGCAACGAUCAGGACUGUCUGAGCGCGGUACAGAGCGGUGACAGUGACGUCAGUGUUGCCAGCGGGGAUCUGCUAGCUAGUGCUGUGAGAGACCACAAUUUACGCCCAAUCCUAUACGAAGUGACGCCGAUCGUUGAAAAAAUGGACACCGUAAUGGCGUACGUGAGACGCUCCGACGACAUAAACAAGAUGGCGGAUUUGCGCGGGAAACGCGCUUAUUUCCCGCGCUUCGACGGAAUAUCCUUUCAUUCGGUUAUAAACUAUAUAAGAAAGAACGAAAACUUGAAUUGUUACGACGCUCUGAACUAUUUUAGUGAAAUUUGUGCGGGUGGUGUGAAUAAUAAUGGUAGUGUUAAAUUCGGUUGUGAUGUGGGUAGUGGUGAAAUUGAUGGUCUGAAGGCGCUUGUUGAAGGGAACGUGGACGUCGCCUUUGUAAGCUUGAAGACGUUUAAUAUGUAUUUGAACAAACAAAUCAUGGAACCAUGGGUGAACAGCGACGUCGAAAUAGUACCAAUAUGUCCAGAAGAAAACAAAAAAUACUGCUACAUAGCUUGGGCCAACAUUGGCCACAUAUUUGCCUCCAAAACAAUAUCGCCAAUGAGACGACACGAAAUAAUUACCGUUUUCACCAAGCUCGACCAACUGUUUGGCAAACAUCAGCCAUUCCACAGUGUCAUGUUCACAUUGUAUGGGAAAUACAAUCACCAGCCUGAUGUUUUAUUUCACAAUAACACCAAAAUACUGGCCACUGAGAAUAUUCUAGGCAUGCAUCCUUACGGUUCGAUGCCUUUGAAUUUCGAACGCGCCAUUUUAAAUAAUACAGCCAUCUGUCAAAUGUCAGAUUUUACGCCAAACGCCGCUUGCAAGAUGGCCUCCACGUUCUUUAUUUUGAUAGCAAUUUUAAUUGUUUAUAUAGUGAAUAGUUAGCGUUUACAUUUUUAAUUUAGUACAAAUUUAAUUAAAAUGUAAAAUAAAU